AUGGCGAUCCGAGCCUCGCGUGGAGUCCGAUUUCACGAUAUUCGUGGUGACAAGUCGGGUCAAUCCCUUUUGGACAUGCUCAAGGACUCGUUGAAUCCAACUGACGCAUCCCCACCUACCUUUCCAACAUUGCUUUUAUAUGAUGAAAAGGGUCUCAAGCUCUUUGAGGACAUAACGUACCUUGACGAAUACUAUCUCACCAAUGCCGAAAUCCAGACUCUAGAAACACAUGCAAAUGCGAUUGUCGAAAGGAUCACAAACGAUGCUCAAUUGGUGGAACUCGGUAGCGGCAAUCUCCGAAAAAUCAACAUCUUGUUGAAAGCAUUUGAAGCAGCCCAAAAGCAUGUCGACUAUUACGCUCUUGACUUGUCUCUGCCCGAGCUUCAGCGCACCUUUGCCGAGUUAGAUACCGGGGCUUACCAAUACGUCUCUUUCAAUGCAUUGCAUGGGACGUACGAUGAUGCACUUGACUGGCUCAAGACCACUGGUAACCAAGGCAAAGCGACAUGUCUGGUCACCAUGGGCUCCUCCCUUGGCAACUUCUCGCGAGAAAGUGCAUCAAAAUUUCUUGCCAAUUUCAGGAAUGUGUUGCAAUCAUCAGAUUUGAUCCUCGUGGCACUCGACGCAUGUCAGCAACCUCAACGUGUCUUCAACGCCUAUAAUGAUUCUCAGGCUGUCACUGAGCAAUUUUACCGCAACGGUCUUGACCAUGCAAAUUCUCUUCUCGGAUAUGAAGCAUUCAAGCAAGGUGAAUGGCGACCCGAGGGUCGUUAUGACGAAAAGCUGGACCGACAUCAUGCAUCAUAUAUCCCACUGGUUGAUGUGGUCACCAAGGAUUUCUCAUUCAAGAAGGGAGAAAGAAUCGCUCUUGAAGAUGCCUUCAAAUACAACUCGACGCAAAGCGAUCUGCUAUGGCAUGAAAGUGGCCUUGUGCCUCAGAUGUCCUAUGCCAAUGAUGCGGGAGAUUAUUUUGUCCAUUUACUUUCCCCAGCCAUCAUUGACUUCCCAGUCAACCCAGGAGAAUAUACCUCUAGUCCAGUGCCUUCCUUGGUUGACUGGCAGCAUCUAUGGUCGGCAUGGGACAUUGUCACCAAGUCCAUGACUCCGAGAGAGGAACUUCUAAACAAGCCCAUCAAGCUGCGGAACGAUUUAAUCUUCUAUCUUGGACAUAUACCCACUUUUGCAGAUAUUCACGUUACGAAAGCUAUUGGUGGGCUUCCCACCAAGCCAGCGUACUUCUGGUCAAUAUUCGAGCGUGGUAUCGAUCCUGAUGUGGAUGAUCCUACACAUUGUCAUGACCAUAGCGAGAUCCCCGAUAGUUGGCCACCACUCCCAGAAGUCUUAGAGCAUGCCGCGCGUGUUCGAUCACGAAUCACCGAAAGCAUUAAUUCUGGCCUGGCGUCCAAAGACCGAAAGCUUGGUCGUAGCCUCUGGCUUGCUUAUGAACAUGAGGCCAUGCAUCUGGAAACAUUCCUCUACAUGCUUAUUCAAAGUGAGCGGAUAUUGCCACCUCCCGGGACUGAUCGACCAGACUUCAAGAAAUUGGCCGAACAAGCUCGCAUAAUUCGAGUCGAGAAUCAAUGGCAUCGAAUUCCUGCACAAAAGAUUACAAUUGGGUUGGAUGAUGCGGAGAACAAUGAUGGACCUGACAGAUAUUUUGGCUGGGACAAUGAACGUCCAUCGCGCGAAGUCUCUGUAAAGGCCUUCGAGGCUCAAAGUCGACCCAUUAGCAUUGGCGAAUAUGCUCGCUUUUUAGAGGCGACUCAUGCAAACAGUGUGCCUGCGUCCUGGGUCUCUGGAUAUACGGAUUCCGCGCAGACGAUUGGCGUCAAUGGCUCGAGCAAUGGAGUAAAUGGACUGUCUACGGUGGCCUCUCCUGGCUAUCUUGAAGAUAAAGCCAUCCGCACCGUGUAUGGCCUGGUGCCUUUGAAAUAUACAUUGGAUUGGCCGGUAAUGGCUUCUUAUGACGAGCUGGCUGCAUUUGCCAGAUGGUCCAAUGGCCGAAUCCCCACCUUGGAGGAAGCUCGCAGCAUCUAUAGCUAUGUUGACUCCACAAAAUCAGCUUUGGAGCAAAAUCCUAGCAAGUUGAUCUCUGCUGUGAACGGACACCUCUCCAACGACGGAGUAGAGGAGACACCGCCAUCCAACCCUUUGUCUCACGUCACUGCCGUUAACGGCAGUGCAUCAAAACCCGACCCGAACAGCCUGUUCAUUCCACUCCACGACCAUGCCGUGGCCUUCAAGACCUGGCAUCCAGAACCUGUGACGGGGAGCACGCGUCUCCGUGGUCAAAGUGAUACUGGAGGCUUAUGGGAAUGGACAAGUACCCCACUCGCAGCACACGAGGGCUUUAAAGCCAUGGAUCUCUAUCCUGGUUACACCGCCGACUUCUUCGAUGACAAGCAUAAUGUUUGUCUUGGUGGGUCCUGGGCCACUGUUCCCCGAAUUGCUGGUCGAAAGUCCUUCGUCAACUGGUAUCAGCGAAACUACCCGUAUGUCUGGUGCACGGCAAGACUGGUCAGAGAUGUGCAGGCCUAG